GGAUUCCGGGCAUGAGCUUUCCACGGGGAAGGGGAACUUCCCCGCCCCCAGGUGCGCAGCCCGCGCCGCCCACCCCGGGCGCGAGGCUAGGGGAGCCGCGCUCUAGGACCCGAGGAGGCAGAGCUGCGGGGAGACGGAGCCUCUAGCGGGUGCUGCCGCGAGCGGCCGGCCGAGGGGGCUGGAAAUGAAAGUAAAGCGCUCCAGAGCCACAUGGACGGAGCUGCCGGGGCGGCGGCGCCGGGAGCAGGAUGCGGCCGCCCGUAAUUAAAUAGCAUUUACUCUUAUUAUUACUAAUAAUAAUAACGUAAUCAUACCUCUAGUCAUAGCAUACCACUUAUCGGGCUCGGCGCAGGCCCGCGGAGAGCGCAGCCCGGCCGAGGCGGUGAAGUGGGCAGAGCAGCCCGUGGAACUCUCUCGAUGCCUGGGUGGUACAACCACGAGGAUUUCUGAGCUUCUCUGAGCAGGAACAGUGACUUCUAAUUGGUUAAAAGAAAGAAAGCACUCCACAGUGAGACUGAUGGAGAGGCAGAGACGGAAGGCGGACAUCGAGAAGGGGCUGCAGUUCAUUCAGUCGACGCUACCCCUAAAGCAAGAAGAAUAUGAGGCCUUUCUGCUCAAGCUGGUGCAGAACCUGUUCGCUGAAGGCAAUGACCUGUUCCGAGAGAAGGACUACAAGCAGGCCCUGGUGCAGUACAUGGAGGGGCUGAACGUGGCUGACUACGCUGCCUCUGACCAGGUGGCUCUGCCCCAGGAGCUGCUGUGCAAGCUGCAUGUCAACAGGGCUGCCUGCUACUUCACCAUGGGCCUGUAUGAAAAGGCGCUGGAGGACAGCGAGAAGGCGCUGGGCCUGGACGGCGAGAACAUCCGGGCGCUGUUCCGCAAGGCACGCGCCCUCAACGAGCUGGGACGCCACAAGGAGGCCUACGAGUGCAGCAGCCGGUGCUCCCUUGCCCUGCCCCACGAUGAAAGUGUAACUCAGCUUGGUCAGGAGCUGGCUCAGAAGCUUGGGCUGCGAGUUCGGAAGGCAUAUAAGAGGCCCCAGGAAUUGGAAACCUUUUCUCUGCUCAGUAACGGCACUGCAGCUGGUGUGGCAGAUCAGGGAACUUCCAAUGGAUUGGGGUCUAUAGAUGACAUCGAAACAGAGUGCUAUGUAGACCUGCGAGGCUCACCGGCCCCCCUCCCCUCUACCCCGACGAUGCCCCUGUUCCCUCAUGUUCUGGACCUGCUGGCCCCCCUGGACAGCAGCAGCAGGGCCCUCCCCAGCACCGAGAGCCUAGACGACUUCUCCGACGGGGACGUCUUUGGUCCAGAGCUGGACACCCUCCUGGACUCACUGUCUCUGGUCCAGGGUGGCCUGCCCGGCAGCGGCGUGCCCAGCGAGUUGCCCCAGCUGAUACCCGUGUUCCCCGGCGGGACCCCGCUGCUGCCACCUGUGGUGGGUGGCUCCAUCCCUGUUUCCAGCCCACUGCCCCCUGCCUCCUUUGGUCUUGUCAUGGACCCCUCCAAGAAGCUGGCUGCCUCUGUGCUGGAUGCCCUCGACCCCCCAGGCUCCGCACUGGACUCCCUGGACCUGCUGCCGUACUCGGAGACCCGGCUGGAUGCCCUUGACAGCUUUGGGUCGUCGACUCGUGGCUCUCUGGACAAGCCCAACUCCUUCAUGGAGGAGACCAACUCACAGGACCAUCGUCCCUCCAGCAGUACUCAGAAACCAGCCUCCUCGGCUGGCCCAGGUGGCUCCAGCCAUCGUCCAGUGCCCAAGAUGGCCAACCUCCUCCUGUCACAGCCAGAGCCCUCCAUGCCCAACACCGCCUUGCUGAUCAAGAACCCCUUGGCUGCCACCCACGAGUUCAAGCAGGCCUGCCAGCUGUGCUACCCCAAAACAGGCCCCAGGGCGGGCGACUACACCUACCGUGAGGGCCUUGAGCACAAAUGCAAGCGGGACAUUCUGCUUGGCCGGCUCCGCAGCUCCGAGGACCAGACCUGGAAGCGGAUCCGGCCCCGGCCCACCAAGACCAGCUUCGUGGGCUCCUACUACCUGUGCAAAGACAUGAUUAACAAGCAGGACUGUAAGUACGGGGAUAACUGCACCUUCGCCUACCAUCAGGAGGAGAUCGACGUGUGGACCGAGGAGCGGAAGGGCACCCUCAACCGUGACCUGCUCUUUGACCCGCUGGGGGGCGUCAAGCGUGGCAGCCUCACCAUAGCCAAGCUCCUUAAGGAGCACCAGGGCAUCUUCACUUUCCUCUGUGAGAUCUGCUUUGACAGUAAACCCCGGAUCAUCAGCAAAGGCACCAAGGACUCUCCAUCUGUCUGCUCCAACUUGGCUGCCAAGCACAGCUUCUACAACAACAAGUGCCUGGUGCACAUCGUCCGCUCCACCUCCCUCAAGUACUCCAAGAUCCGCCAGUUCCAGGAGCACUUCCAGUUCGACGUGUGUCGCCACGAGGUGCGCUACGGCUGCCUGCGCGAGGACAGCUGCCACUUCGCGCACAGCUUCAUCGAGCUCAAGGUCUGGCUGCUGCAGCAAUACUCAGGCAUGACCCACGAAGACAUUGUCCAGGAAUCCAAGAAAUACUGGCAGCAGAUGGAGGCCCAUGCAGGGAAGGCCAGCAGCAGCUUGGGUGCCCCGCGGACGCAUGGGCCCAGCACCUUUGACCUGCAGAUGAAGUUUGUGUGCGGCCAGUGCUGGAGGAACGGGCAGGUGGUAGAGCCUGACAAAGACCUCAAGUACUGCAGUGCCAAGGCACGGCACUGCUGGACCAAGGAGCGGCGGGUCCUUCUGGUGAUGUCCAAGGCCAAGAGGAAAUGGGUGUCAGUGAGGCCACUGCCGUCCAUUCGCAACUUCCCACAGCAAUACGAUCUCUGCAUCCACGCGCAGAACGGCCGCAAGUGCCAGUACGUGGGGAACUGUUCCUUCGCACACAGCCCAGAGGAGAGGGACAUGUGGACGUUCAUGAAGGAGAACAAGAUCCUGGACAUGCAGCAGACCUAUGACAUGUGGCUGAAGAAACACAACCCAGGGAAGCCAGGGGAAGGGACCCCCAUCAGCUCUCGGGAAGGGGAGAAGCAGAUCCAGAUGCCCACGGACUACGCCGACAUCAUGAUGGGCUACCACUGCUGGCUCUGCGGCAAGAACAGCAACAGCAAGAAGCAGUGGCAGCAGCACAUCCAGUCUGAGAAGCACAAGGAGAAGGUCUUCACGUCCGACAGCGACGCGAGCGGCUGGGCCUACCGCUUCCCCAUGGGCGAGUUCCGGCUCUGCGACAGGCUCCAGAAGGGCAAGGCCUGCCCAGACGGGGACAAGUGCCGCUGCGCUCACGGGCAGGAGGAGCUCAGUGAGUGGCUGGACCGGCGCGAGGUGCUGAAGCAGAAGCUGGCCAAGGCCCGCAAGGACAUGCUUCUUUGCCCGCGGGACGACGACUUCGGCAAAUACAACUUCCUGCUGCAAGAGGACAGGAACACCGCUGGUGCCGCCCCAGAAGCCCCUGCUGCUGCCACCGUCACAGGGGAGUAGGGCCAGGUCUUGGCCAUGGGUGAAAUUCCAGGGUCGGGUGGGGGUGGGGACCGAGGGACUGACGGAAGGGCCAGGGCGGGCCAGGGCGGGGGGUGGGGGGCCGCCCUCGUCAGGCAGCCCCCAGCCCCCUGGAGCCCUGUCCAUCCUCUCUGCCCCCACCGCUCUAGUAUGCAUACCCAGGUGCACCAGCUGCAGUCCCAAGCAGUCUCAGGGUCCUCCUCUGGCUGAACCCUGGGCACACCCUCCCCCAACCCCCGCCUUUGGCUCUCCUGGUUGGAGAGGGAGGGGCCUGGCUGACCCCUCCGGCUUCAGCCUACAGCUUUAACUUCUGUCUGUUCCUAAAGGGGGCCCAAAGCUCAGGGCUGCGGGGCGUGGGGUCCCCACUUGAACCUGCAGCAGGAGGGCCUUCUCCCUGUUCCACCCUCACCCUACCCCCACCUCCCUGGGGGCAGAUUAGGACACAGCAGAGGGCAGGAGGCCCCAAUAGCUUUAAAAUGCGCCCCCAGGAUGGAGCUGGAAACAUUGUACUGGUCAAUUCCCCUUUGGGCCUCAAUUUCCCCUCUGGUUGGAAGAGUGGGAGGGGCUGGGCUGGAUCAUCUCUGGAGCUGACUCUGGAGUCUGGCUGUCUCUAGUGAGACUACCAGCACAGCCCUUCUCCCUCAUGGGCCACUGAAUGUAGACGGUAGAUCCUCAGAGCCUUUGGUGAUGACCCAGCCCAAACCCCCAUUUUGCAGAUAGGAACACUGAGGCCUAGAAGGGAGGAGUGAUUUGCCCGGGGUUUCCAGCCCAUGGCAUGAGGUAGAGCUGGGAUGCAAAAUGUGGUCAGAAGACUCAAGGCCGGUUAUCGACAGGCGCCUCCGGGCUCUGGGCAGAGAUGUGACAGUCUCUGAAUCCGUGUGCAGCCAGAGUCCCGGGCAGCGCCAACCAGGGGCUGGGGAAGGGAGGCUCAGGGGUUGGUCUUUCAGCACCCUAUUAGGGACAGUCCCCUCCUGAGGAUGGUUGUAGGGAGUAUAGCAGCAAAGGUUACUUCCCCAUGCCUGCUCUGGGCAAGGUGGUAACAGGCAGGGCACCCAUGGGCUCAGGUUCUGCAUGAGGUGCUGGGGGAGGGCAGGGUGGUGGUUGGGGGACAUGGAGAGAAGGGAGACUUGACCCUGGGCACCAUGGGCCAUUCCAGGAUCGGACACAGCCCUUCUUUCCUGGGAACCCAGCAUGGUCCUCUCCCCCUUCUCCCCUAGACCCGGACAUACAAUUAUGACCAUCUGUCCCAGCCCCUCCCUGAUCCCCAGCCCUGCCAGCUGCCUGGGACCCCAGCUGACCCCCAGCCCUUGCCUCCACCCACCAAACCCUCUCUCAUCCCUCUCAUCUGAAGCGUCUGCGUGCACCCCGUCCUCUCCAUCCCACCCGCUGUGGGCAGACCCAGCCUCCCCUGGUUCCCUAGACAUUCCAGAAUGCCCCACACCAUUGGCACAAUGGUGGGGACCCCCGGAAGGAACUGGGGACCACGGCUGGAGUCAGGGGAGGGGGUGAGAAUGGAACAGAGAGAAUGGAAUGCCCCUUAUUUCUCCUCCAGCAAGGAUUGAUAGUGUGCGAUGAUGUGAUGACGGGCGCCCGGGCUGCAGGGAACACUGUUCCUCUUGCCGCCACUGCCUGCCCUUUUCCCGAUAAUCGUGGCAUGCAUCUUUUCCUCUCCCUGCCCCCUUCCCCCAGCGGGCCAGCACUGCAGUUUGGGUGCUGGUGGCCUGGCUGGAGGGGAGGAGAGACCACACCCAAGGUGGGGGCUGUGGCCGUGAAUGUUGAUGACACUUGUUUCCCUGAUCCGUGGUGUUGCAGUCUGUCACCAGCCUUGUUUUUAGUGUGUAUAUAUGUCGCCCCCGUGAUGCAUAUAUACACAGGUAUUAAAUAUAUCGCUCUAUAUAAUAUUAUAUAUGUGUGUGGUAUCCGAGGAAUCACUUCUAAUGAGGGCUACAGAUAAAGAAUUUGGCAGGAAAAUGCAGUCAUCCUGGUGUAAUUAGGAGGAAUUUUCAGGGUCAUCAGGCCAUUUGCAAGGAUUCAGAAACUGGAGCCAUGGGUUGGAGGUGAUCUGGGCAGCAGGGGCAGAAGGGGCCCCGCCUGGGCCCAGCUCUGCCUGAUGGGUUCCAGACCACCCCAGCCCAGCGGGGAGAGAGCAGGAGUGCUCAGGGAAGAAAAUGAUCAGUGUUUGUCUCCCACCCAAAGGAAUAGGAUUAGAGUCCAGAUAUUUCUUCUUCAAUGUGUAAUCCGUCCAGGGGCCCUUGGGGUCUGGGGCUCCCUGGCCUGGCCAGGCUGGAUCCCUGGGCUGGGAAGAGACUGAGAAGCAAGGAGUAGGGUGGCAGGGAUAGGAGUAUACUUUGAUGACAAGGGUGAUUAUUUCAGUAGUGACCCUGCCAGGAGGCUCAGAGAAUUGAAUCAGGAGCCUGUCCCCACUGCCAGCAGGCCAGGGACAAGACGUCAUGGUGAAUAUGGUGAUGGGCAGCAGGUGCCCCUGAUGUGAAUGUCCCUUUGGGGUGGGGCAAAGAGGGAUGCUGCAUUUCUCAGCUGGGCAGUAAUCAAUUUAAUGGUCCUUUUAAAAUGUCUGUGUAUUAAAAAUUUAAGAAUACCACACUUUAAUAUUAAAUAUGCAUAAGGUCUAGUAUCUUAAUAAUGUAGAUGUUUUAAUAACAAUUUUUGUCCUUCUUAAAAUAAAAUGAAAGAAACUUGCCUCUUUUAGCCUUUGUUCUAGAAAAUAAACGUGUGCACUUUGA